AGCGGGCCGCGGGGAAUGGCUUCGGAGCCGGCGGCGGAGGCGGAGGCGGAGGAGAGGCGCCUCUGUGAGGAGGACGAGCUGAUGUUCGAGGACAUCGCCAGGGAGGUAGCGCGGCUCGGCCUCCGCGACUUCCCGGAGGUCGACGCCGAGGAGGAGGAGGGGCGGCAGGAGGAGGAGGAGGAGGACGCAGCCGCGGCGGGGCCGGCGAACGGGCUCCUUCCUCAUCCGGUAAUUCUUCAUCGCCCUACUGGCCAGCAGCUGUUCCUGUACGGCCCGCCGCCGCCACCGCUGCUCCCGCCGCGCAUGCUGCCGCCGCCGUUCUCGCCGCCAGCGCUCGGGAUGCCCGGCGACCACAAGCUGCCCGACGGAUGGUGGUUCGCGGUCGCUAAUCCCGGCCGCGGCCACGUCCCUGCGCCCGAGAGCUCCCACGGCGGGGGAUCUGCUGUCCCCCCGCGCGCCGCCUGGCCUAGAGCUGCCCCCGGCGACGCGGCGUGGCCUGGGCCCAGAGCUCCCCCCGGCGCGGCGGCCGCCAACACGCAGCUGGCUGAGGCCUGCGUCCAGUACCUCUGCAGGAACGAGGAGCAGGUGCUCGACACGCUGUUCCAGGGACGCCCCGAGGCCGCGGACGCCAACGCCCGGUUGAUCGUCACGCACGCCGUCCCUCUCCUCGAGAGCAGCCAGGGGGCGCGCCUGCUCGGCCGCGUCAUCGACGGCUGCAACGAUGGGCUCCGGCACCUGAUCGUCGCUAGGAUCACGCGAGACGCCAAGAGGUUCUUCAGGAUUUGCGGCGCCAGGUCCGAUGAGGUGGUGGGCAUGAUCAGGUCUUGCAGAUCCGAGAGGUCCCUGCAGCUUGUCAGAAAUGCCAUCACGCCAUGGAUGGCUCCCUCGAUCAUGCACCGUCUUGUGACUUCGGAUUCCAAUAGGCUUAAGGUGGUGCAGGCCUUCGUACAGUGCGUUCCUGAGCCCUACUUUGCUGAGUUCAUUUUUGAUGCUAUUGCUAAGAACUGCUUAGCACUUGUUAUUCAUCCGCAUGGACUGUCCCUGCUGCAAAGCUGUCUGGAGCAUGUCGAAUGGACAGCAAAGGAUAAUAUAUUGUCAACAGUCGCUCGUUGCAGCUGCGAUCUUGCUCAACAUCGUUUUGGAAACUACAUUGUUCAGGAUGUCCUGAAACAAAGAGAUCCAUCGCACUUGGAAAUUAUCGCAUCCCGCUUCAGACAUAAUUAUGUGAAACUCUCAAGACAAAGAUAUAGCAGUAAUGUGGUGGAAACAUGUCUAGAAGUAUUUGAUGAUAGAGAGCGAUUUGCCAUUGUUGAGGAAUUGGUUUGGUUUCCUCGCUUCAGAGAUUUAGUGACAGAUGAGUUUGCUAACUAUGUUAUCUCUAAAGCCCUUAGAACCUGCAAGGCUACUCUUCGGCAUCGGUUGGCCACCGCUAUCCUUUCCCUUCCACAUGUCAAUCGCCGUCACCCUCAUUGUCUGAGGAUGUUUAACACACUUUCUCUGCUUGGCUACAGAGAUUGAAAAGAAAUAAGUUCAGAGUUAAUAGGUUUUCGGAAGAAGCUGAUCCUGUACAUUCAGAGCUGUUGUGGCUGGAGAUGUUGUCAGCUCAUGCGGUGGGCGUUGUUCUGUUUCAUCUGGAGAUAUGUGCUAGUUGUGUUCUUGGAGCUUGUUUGGAUGUGGGCUGUUUUUCUGGGGGAGCUUUUGCUAAAACUCCCGAGAUAAAAUACCACCAUCCAAAUACGCAUUUUGUCUGUGUGAACUUAAACUUGUCUUGUUAUGUGUUGUGCACUUUUGUGUAUGUGAGAUGCCUAGCUCCAGGCGUUGUUGUUAGUUUGUUGAUACUUCUAUUGUUAAAAAAGUGAACAAUUCUAGUCUGCAGUUAAUAUAUGUAGCCCUGUUAAAUCUU